UUCCAUGAACCGACGGAAAUAGCCGAGGCAGGACAGGCUGUGCUGGCCUGCGCUUUGCGAACGACGCAAACCGCCCUACGUCACAGUGAAGUAUGUGCUCUCGAGUGUAGAAAAUGGCUGCGCUCUCCGCUACCCCGGGUCGGCACGGAUGUAAAUACGGCCUGUGGAUCAGCUUUGGAGUGUUUAUCGUAAGAUUUGUUGGUGCGUUAGGAAUCACUUGCUAUUGCGAAGGACACUGCCCGGACGAUCGACAAAAUGGAACGUGCGAAGGAAGACCCGGCGGUCAUUGUUUCAGCGCCGUGGAGGAAGUUUGGGACGCGGAAUCAGGAGAAUACGUGCCGGAAUGGUCGUUUGGCUGUUUACCGCCCGACGAGCAAGGUUUCAUGCAAUGCAAAGGAUAUCUGGUGCCACAUUUGCAAGGGAAAAGCAUAGUGUGUUGUAACAAAAGUGCUCUUUGCAACAAGGACUUGUAUCCCGAAUACAAACCUAGACCCACCGCGGUACCUAAUCCUAUGGCUAUAGCAUCCGGUGCACCGUUGAUAAUAUUAGCUACCGUUCUUUCCGUCUGCUUGAUGGUCGUUUCGAUAGCUAUGUUACUGAUAUAUCAGAAAUACAGAAGAAAAGAGAGAGGUCCCUGCCUGGUGCCUCCUGCAGGAACGUUGAAAGACUUUAUCGAUCAGAGCAGCGGAUCUGGUUCGGGAUUACCCCUUCUGGUGCAACGAACGAUCGCUAAACAAUUGGCUUUAUCUCAGUGCGUCGGCAAGGGACGUUACGGUGAAGUUUGGCUUGCCAGAUGGAGAGGAGAAAAGGUCGCGGUCAAGGUAUUUUUUACGCUCGAGGAAGCCUCUUGGUUCAGGGAAACGGAGAUUUAUCAGACCGUAUUGAUGAGGCACGAUAACAUAUUGGGCUUUAUCGCUGCGGACAUCAAAGGAACCGGCUCUUGGACGCAAAUGUUACUAAUCACCGAUUAUCACGAGAGAGGAUCGUUGUACGAUUACCUACAGACCACCGUUCUCGAUCACCCUGCUCUCUUGGCCAUUUGCCUUUCGAUCGCCUCUGGAAUCGCUCAUCUUCAUACCGAGAUAUUUGGCACCCGCGGCAAGCCUGCCAUAGCUCAUCGAGACAUCAAGAGUAGAAAUAUUUUAGUAAAAAGAAACGGCGAAUGCGCCAUCGCCGAUUUCGGUUUGGCGGUAAGAUAUAUUAGUGAAAGCGGAGAAAUCGAUAUCGCGCCAAACACCCGAGUCGGUACACGUCGAUACAUGGCUCCGGAAGUUUUGGAGGAAACUUUGAACACAUCCUCUUUUGAUGCCUUCAAAAUGGCCGACAUGUAUUCGGUUGGUUUGGUGCUUUGGGAAGCGUGUAGAAGAUGCGUAACCGGUGGAAAAAAUUCGAUCGUCGAACCGUACGCUUUACCCUAUCACGACGUCGUGCCGAGUGAUCCAGAUUUCGAGGAUAUGCGGUUGGCUGUUUGCGUGAAACGGUUACGUCCAGUCAUACCUCCGCGAUGGGAAAACGACACGAUCCUAUUCGCUCUGAGUAAGCUUAUGGCCGAGUGCUGGCACGCGAAUCCUGCCGUUCGUUUAACAGCGCUACGCGUCAAAAAAACGAUAUCUAAACUACACAUCGACAAUGCCAUCAAAAUUGUCUAGCGCUUGGCAAACUUACGAUUAGUCGAAUUUGUUCCAAGCUUAUUACUUUUUACAAGCUUACAAACUAUUUUCCCCUUGUAUAUAUGCUCCUGGUGUACAUAAGUUUAUCGACAGACUGCAAGCCUGAAGACUGAGUACUAACAUUUAUAAAUACACAAAGAUGGAUGAAUGCGAACAUUUCGAUGAUCGAUGGAUGAUUGGUUAUUGGUUAUUGCUUCUCAUCAACGAACUCAACGAACGAAUGAGUAUGUAUUUUAUACGUAUACGAAUGUCAAUUUUACUUUUUCCUUUUUUUCUUUUUUUUCUUCCAAUCAACACAUCCGCGAAACGCUCCUCCUCUUCUAACGCGUUUCCUUUCGUUCCCUUCAACGUCGUUCAACUCGUCGUAUAACUCGUUAGCAAAGGUAACGUUGUUUCGUCGUUAAACGAAACUACAGGUUCGCGAGUAGUAAAUUUAGUUACAACUACAAAAAAAUCUAUCUUUAAUAGGAACAACAGCUUUAUCGUUUUCAUCGUAGCAUUUCAGUCUUGUCUAUUUACUUAUUUAGCGGCGUGACCUUUAUAUUCGUUGAAAAGUGAUCAUCAUCCAAGAUUACAACGCGACGAUGUCGAUGUCGAUGUCGAUGCAAUAAUUUAUCGUCAAUCAGAAAGUUUCGCAGGAUACAUACAUGUUCAGAAUCAUUCAGAAAUACAAUGCUUUUCACGUUAAAAACCUUCGACAAAAGUAUAAUGUUUACGUGUUCGAAAUAUUCUUCUACGCCGGAAUAUCUCUGGCUAUGCAGAAAAACAUUUUAUACGAUUCUUUGCAAAUCAUUCAUUUUAUUAUCCUUUUCUUUCCAUCGAUCGUGUUACGCUCGAUUUUUAAUUUCAAAGGCAGGAAAAUUACAUUUUAUCGAUAUUACCAGCAGUUGUGUUGAUACUUGCACACUGUUUCUUUCUCUUCAUAUAUGAUCCUAUAUUAUCUGUACAGUAUGUAAUUUAUGUUUUUAAGUUGUACAAAUGGGAUAUAUUGUUUAGCUUAAGAAAAAUUAGAAUCGUUAAGUAUACUAUAUUAAAAACGUUGAUUCCCUAAACUCGAAAGAUAUCUUUUAACAAGAUAAUCGGAGCAGCGAUAAUCGUUUUUGCGGCUCGUUGAUCUUUUAUGUACGUAUCAAUAGUUUGGUGUAUUUGUAAACUUUGUAAAAUCGCUGGAUUAUACCCAAGUACCUACCUAAAUUUUCAACGAAAAAUUUGACAAAAUCGUUGCUCUAAAAGUUUGACAAACUAUGUUUUUAGCUAUUGACUUCAAGUCCUUGUUACAUACGACUUCCGUAUACGCGUAUUAUGUAACAAAAGUCACUGUUAAAUAGUGUUUAAGUUUUCGUUUUCGUUUUCGUUUUCGUUUUCGUUUGGGAAAAUCAACUGUAAUUGCAUUAAAAAUCAUAGCUAAUAGUUAGUUGAUCGCUGACAAUGAAAUUUAUAUUUUUAACAAGUAUUAAAUAUUAUCGUCUUUUUAAAACAGAUAUCAACUUUACUUAUUUUUUUGACGGUGUAGAGUGUAGGGUAUUAUCAUCCCAUUUUUCUAUCUGUUUUACUAUUUGAAAAUAGUUAAACGCGUACUAUAUACAUACACGCAAGUACGUUUUUAUCAUGUUUUUACAUAUGUAUAAAUUUGAUUACAAGUAAAUCCCUAAAACUCGUGUAAAUCAUUGCCGCUGUUUAAUUUAUAUCUAAUUUUAUAUUAAUACAUACAUACGUAUAUAUGUAUACUUGAAAAUCACUAGGCUUUGUGUCUCGUCAAUAUUAGAUGUCUAAUAAUUAUGCCGAAAUAUUUAGGCGCUACAAAAAACUCGGAGCAAAUCGAAUAUCGCUCAUUUUUCCAUCAUUCGUUCUUCGCAUCUCAAACAAUCUCAAAGAUGUUAUUGUUUCCGAUAUACCAGUCGUAUGUAUGUACAUACAGACAUACAUACAUGUAUAAAUUUUCGGGAAAGUGCAACGUCACUAAAUGUACAUAUGUACAUACAACAAUGUUUGAAAUAUAUUUUUCAAAAUAGAAGAUAAAUCAGUACUC